AAUGCGAUGAUGCGGACGUGGAAGCUGAGCAAAAGUGGGUCCAUCAUUACUGUCCCCUGUUCGGGAGGGAUUGAUGACACCGGCAGGGUCUUGGCACACCGAGAAACAGUGCAUGUGGCAUGUGGGCUACGUUACCACUGUUCUCCCAAGAUCCACGACUUCAACGGACAUGAGGAAUUUAGGGGUCCUUCCUUCCGUUUUAUAUCGUUGAGGGGAAAGACAAUCUCCAUUCUUUUUGACGUUUCUUUCCCAUUCCUUUGUCUCUUAGCCACCUGGUUUCUUAGAAGGCAGCAUAACCCUGGCCCACUAGGCAGACGGCGGAAGUGGUGAUCUUCCCAAAGUUCCGAUCUGCUGGCUUCUACGGAAAAUGCCCAGACCAUGCUAGGGAGCAAUCAGCAGCGGGCAGAUACAUCAACAUGUCGUUUACCAGCACUCCUGUGACACGCACCCUGGUUCUCGGACUUGUCGGAUCGUCCAUCGCGGCCAGUCUGUUUGACGUGAAGCAUUACUUCUACAUCUCAGUCGGCACACACAUCCUCCAAUACCGUCAAACCUGGCGUGCUUUGAUAUAUCAGCUAUGUUAUACCAACUCGGCAGAGGUGCUCUUCGCCGCCAUGGCGCUGUAUAACAUGAGGGUUGUCGAGCAGCAGUGGGGCUCGAGGAAAUAUGCUUCAUUCAUCGUCGUCUCUGGCCUUCUCACAGCCAUCAUCCCGCCGGUUCUUCUGACCGUCGUCCUUCGACCGCUGAGCCUCGGGGUGUUUGACUUUCUGCCUGCUGGGCCAACGCCCAUUAUCUUUGCCAUCCUAGCGCAGUACCAUGCCAUGGUGCCGCACAUUUACAAGUACAAGGUCGCGCUCUCUACGGGGCCACCAGUGAACGACGACAGCCCGGGCCUGACAUUCUCGGACAAGUCCACCAAGUACCUCAUGGCCCUCCAACUGGCGCUCUUCCAAUGGCCCGGCUCGCUUCUCGGCGCAGUGGUUGGAUGGAUGGUGGGGCAAGCCUGGCGCAGCGAGCUUUUGCCGGGAGCGGUGACGCGCUGGCGUCUCCCCGGAUGGGUUUUUGGGCUCAGGGGUCAGAAAAGCAACGACAGGUUCGAGGGCAUGCGGAGAAGGCUCGAAAGUGAGGGCGCAACGACCGGCGCUGCGUUGGGGGCCCAGCAGCCCGCCGGAGGCGACGGCAGCAAUAGACGGAGGACGAUGGGUCAACAACUCAUCGACGAGGUUCGUGAAGCAUUUUGAAUGGGGCUGUAUUCAUUGGGUUCCUCUUCAGGUAUCCAUGCUUGCUCGAAAGAUGGGGUGUAGUGCAUUGCUAGAACGUCGCUGGAGUCAUUGGCCAAAAGCAAGGAGGGUUGAGGGAAUAGACGGUGUAUAUUCAUCUAUAGCUGGCUCCUGAGCGAAGUUGGGCAUUGAACCACUGAUGAUUGGCAAGCUUCAAGCCGAGCCCAGUGCCCGUCCUGUCACCUUACCGGUAGCGUUUGAAUGUCGCGUGCCAAGUGCACAAUUGUGACACUUGCAUGGCUACCGACGGGAGAGCCAGUCGUGACGGUCAGUUGACGAGACAGACGCAGAGAUGCCCAGCCCAAUACGCCACAAUCACGAGAACGCGGCGCUUUGUCCU